CUGAUAUUCUUCUUCUCUGUCGACGCUCAUGACAGAACGGUCGUGAUUGUCAAAAAGUUUCAAUAGGGUUUCUAUAAUGGCAGAUGUAAUGCGCCUCACAAUUUCUCGCCAACUCUCUCUGUUAGAGGUCAUUCGAGUGCACUCAUGUACGGGGCCACCCACAGCAGAUUUAUUCUGAUUCCACCAAUUCAUAGGUGAACUUCCACGCCGUCUUAUGCCUUCCACUUUACCCUGGACGACAAUGUUUACGUUCUAUGGACUGGCUGCCUUGUCUCGAUGUUCACUGUGGAAGAUAGAUGCUGUUUGAUUUUUAGUUGCUUGAGUAUCGCAACGAUCAUAACUGUUAUAUUAUAGGUAUUCACAGAGUGUUCCUCCACAUGUUAUAUAUUACGAGUAAACGGCUUUUGGUUUAAGCCCUUUUAGAACCUGUCGACGACACUGACCCAGUGCAAUUAAGUCAAUCUCUCUCAGUAUGUGUGGGUUUCCUCGCGAUUUUUUCAUGUAAGAGCGUGGACUAAAUUCACAUUAUUAAAUAACCGAAUUAUGUGUUCAUCUUUAAUUGUUAAAUAUAUCAGAAUUGUACCUAGCCAAAGUUAAAAAAGCCAGCUUAAAAUUUGAAUUGAAUCCAUAAAAAUAGAAAAUUAAAAAUGGCCAGCUGGUAGUUGUAUUGAAUUUAGAAUUGGAGAUAUGUACAACAAAUGAUAAGUGCGCCAUAAUUAAGCGACUAUAUGAUCUUUAAGUUUGUUGAAAUUUUAUAUUGGUUAAAGGAGUGCGGUGCGUUUGUCCUAGGUUUCGGCCGGACUAGCGCAUCGUCGGUACUUCGUACAAAUAUAAAACUUCACCUAAGAGAAUCUACUGAGAUCAAAAGUCGCCAUGACUCGUGGUAACCAAAGAGAUUUGUCUCGAGCAAAAAAUGCGAAAAAACAACAAGAGCAACCGAAAAAGAAAAAUGUCAGUGAGAAGACUGGAAUGUCAUUGAAUGUAAGGAAACAUAGGAAUGCUGAAUUGAUGAGAGAAAAGCAACGAAGAAAAGAGGAACAGUCACUGGUCAGAAGCAAGCUGUUGACUAACUUUACCUGCCUUAAAGUUUUGUAACUAACUGGUUUAAUAUAUUCUAGAAGAAUGGUUGAAUCAGUUUUUUGCUGAGUGUACAAUGCACCAAGCAAUGAUCUGUGUUUCUAAAUAUAUCUAUCUAUAAAUCUCAUUUAUGAAAGUAUAAGUAUAAAAUAUAAUAUGGUUAACUUAAAAAAAAAAGUUUAUAUAAAUGUGUAAUAUAUGUAAUGUUGAUGAUCCAAAUAAAUAAUUAAAAACUGUUGUAUAAAGACCGGAACAAAGCUGGCACAGGACUGCGACAAAUGGAGCAAAGAAGGAGAAGCCUUUCGCCCAAUAGUGGGAUCCGAUAGUCUAAAAAUAAGUGAUGCAGCCAUUUAGUUUGAAGUAUGGUUGCUAAGGCUACGAACAACAUUGACUACAAGCUAUAUAAGAACGCGUUUGUUUUGUAAGAAUUAUGAGUUUUUUCAUUGACAUUUUAGAGCAAACCUACACAUACCUUGACUAAAAAAAUGCAUAUUAUUGUGCGCAAAGUUAAUAUCUACGUCAUCGUGACAUUCUACCUAGACGACAAUCCUUCAUCACACAUACUUGAAGCCUCUCAGAUUCGUUGACCUGGUGUUAAGUGAUCACCGCCGCCCACAUUCUCUUGCAAGCCCAGAGGAAUCACAGGAGCGUUGUCGGCCUUUAAAGGUGUACGCGCUUUUUUUGAAGGUAACCAUAUCGUAUCGUCCCGGAAACACCGCACAAGGAAGUUCAUUCCACAGCUUUGUAGUACGGAAUGGAUGGAAGAAAGCUCCUUGAAAACCGCACAGUGGAAGACCGCCACACAUCCAGAUGUUGGGACUGAUAUCCUAACUUGUGGCGUGUCGUGCGAAGGUGGAAUUCGGCGGCAGGAUUCAGGUGAAACAGCUCUUAGGAAUACUCGCCGUGAUAAAUGCGGUAGAGGACACCAGCUUGAACACCCCUGGUGUACAGUAUUUAUACAAUGUAC